AUGCUGUUUGACCAUAUCGCCGAGGAUCAGCUGGACGGCGUUUUCGCAAAAUGGGUGAAGCAGCUGCUUGCAACCUCCCCUGAAAAUCUUGCUAUGAAUCUCGCCUCCGAGCAUCUCGGCCGCAGAGCUAAGCUGGCAUGUCAGUGGGAAACCGGUGCCUUCAAUGUGUGCUACCGAGUUCAGUUCUACGAUGAUAUCCCUGAAGUCAUUGUUCGGUUCAGCUCUCUUGGUCGAACAAUCUUCCGUGCAGAGAAAGUCGCCAAUGAAGUUGCAGUUAUCCAAUAUCUCCGGCGGCACACUACGAUUCCUGUCCCCGAGGUACAUGGUUCUGGGAAGACAUGGACGGGACCGUACAUCAUCUUGACCUAUAUCGAGGGAGUCCCGCUCUCCAACGUUCUCAAAGUUCCCAGGGUGGAAGGUCGACCUGUCCUGAACCCAGAGAUAAGCGAACGAGGCCUACGGAGAGCUUACCAAGAGAUGGCCAAGCUUAUCCUUGAGCUGUCCAAGGCCAAGUUCCCCAAGAUCGGCUCGUUAACGGAAGGUCCAGAUGGAGAAUUUACAGUCUCUAGAAGGCCAUUUACAUUUAAUAUGAAUGAGCUAUCAACAUCUGCCAACAGUCCUCCUCAUGUCUUGCCACACCCAGACGCCAUAUUUGAAACGGCCGCUGAUUACUUCAAGUCUCUCGCCACACAGCACAUGUUGCACUUCCUUACCCAGCGAAACGACGCGAUCACUGAUGAAGCAGACUGUCGCAAAAAAUUUGUCGCCCGCUGCCUAUUCAGCAAAGUAGUUCAGCGCAUUCAAUUCCAUGAAGGACCGUUCCAGCUCUACUGUGACGAUUUCCGCCCCUCAAACGUGCUGGUGGACUUAAAAAAUUUCCGUAUUGCGGCAGCUAUAGACUGGGAGUAUACCUACGUGGCCCCCACUGAAUUUAGCUCCGUGGCUCCAUGGUGGCUUCUCCUGCAGGCUCCAGAAGAUUGGGAAUCCGAUCUCAUGGAGUUCUUAACUCGCUAUAAGCCGCGUUUUCAUCUUUUCCUUGAUGCUUUACGGGGGGCCGAAUCAGACAUGAUAUCGGAUGGCACGUUGCUCGAGUCUCAGAGGCUGUCGCCACGCAUGGGCGAGUCUUUGGAUAACGGCCUGUUCUGGGUGUGUCUGGCAGCACGGUUUAGCUCCAUGUUUGAUAAGAUAUACUGGACGUUCAUUGACAAGACUUACUACGGGGAAUUCACGUCCCUUGAGGACCGAUUACAGUAUCUGGACCAGGAAGAGCGGAACAAGAUGGACGCAAUUUACCCCAUUAAGAUGAAACAAGCAGAGGAUGGCAAAAUCGACCCCCAUUAUUCACUUGAUGAUAUCAUGGAGCUGUAG